UGAUACGCUUCAUUUUUCUUCCAUCCGGCACAAGUUAUUUACAUCCAGUUCAUUUCUUACAAAGCAUGCACAAAAGUGCCUUCUCUAGCCACAACAUCGCAUUUCAAUUUGAAGGUGACAAGUGAAACAAAGCACCAGCGUAAUACAGUUUUUAGGAACGCAUCGCAUUCGGAUUAUUAUUUAUUAAAAAUAAAUAAAUUGUGGAUUGAAAAAAAUAAGAAAAGUGUGGAUUGAUAUGAAUCCGCGCCUGCCUAAGUAUGCAGUUGUUAGACAGUAACCCUGUGGUGUAUCGGGGAAUUUAGCUGUUAACAAUACCAAAUCAUUAUAUAGUACUAUUGAAUCAGUGUGGAAAAUAACAAAAAAAGCUGUGGAGAUGCACAACAUGGAUGACAUUGAAACGGAGGAGAUAUUAACCUGCCUCCGAAUAACCGCUCAUCAUCCACUGCACAAGAUCAAAAACGUGUUUAAGCUGAUCAACUUCAACAAGAAAGAGAAGCACCUGGCAGAAGAUGCCCUCAAAAUCGGCCGUGACACAAAGUCAUGCCGCAUUGCCUUGUAUGAUCAGCGAGUUUCCCGGGUCCAGUUCAGCAUUCGGGCUUUCUGACACUUCAAGAGCUCACAACUGUUAUUUGAAAUCAAAAAUCUGAGCAGAAGAGGAAAGCUGAUCGUAAAUAAUAUAGAACUUGAGUACCUCAAUAAGGUUGAAUUGCCAAAAAAAGCCCUUGUGAGAUUUGCAGAAUUCCAGUUCUUAGUUGAAAAGGAAGAUGGAGAGUCAACAGAAAAUUUUGAGACUUUCUUUGAGUUGGCUAGAGCACCAUGCCAGGAGGUAAUCUAUGUACCUUCAAUGAGCCCAGUCCCUGAAACAGGGCUCCUGAUCAAUGCAUGCUCCAUUCCUCCGUACUGCAGCAGUCAAACUCCAGUGGAGAUGGAAGAGUAUGAACUAAAAUAGUUGAACAAUUAAGUAGAAAAAUGAAUUAGCGUAUGGACUUAGUGUUUAUAGCAAAUAAAAAAAUUCCCUGAAUCUGA